GUUAAACUUAGUCAAAAACAUAGCCUUUGUAAUUCACGAGUGAAAACUGAAGUAGGUGAGAUCAUGCUCACCGUUCACCGGCUUAUCAGGGAACCCAGUAAAUGCAUCUAGUGAAGUAUUCGACCAAAUCCAGCCUUGCACGAAACUAACUCCAAAUUACUAACCAAUUGCUCGUGAUACUCUUUCUAUGUGGUCUUUACUUUCGGCCUAACCUCUCCCGCCGCACCCUCUUUACAAUUUUUACCUUACUCCACUGAACCCUAAGCCCCACCCCCUAAAAUCCCCUCUCCUUUCAUCAAAAACAUCGUUCUUUCCGCCAUGGAUUCUGUACCAGAUCGGCACCACCAAACAGGCUACAACGAUGAUACCCUUGAUUAUGAUGUCGAUGUGGACGGUGAUGACGAUUCUAAUUCUUCUCCAUCCGUCGCCGGCGAGGUGACCAUAGCUGUCGCCGGCGUCUCAACCGGUGAUUCUCCUUCUCCUCUGAUUCACACCGGGAAACGACCGAGAAUUGAUGAUUUCGCCAUUCCCGUUAUUCUUCCUGGAGCCGUGAAAAAGCCGUCUGGUGCUUUUGAUGAGUCUCGUAAGCUGUUUCAAAGGCUUUGGACUGAUGAGGAUGAGAUUGAGUUGUUGCGAGGGUUUCUGGAGUACACGACGCAGCGUGGCUUGAACAAUUCUUCGCAGCAGCACCAUUACGAUACGACGGCGUUUUACGACCAGAUCAAGUCCAAAUUCCAGCUGGAUUUCAACAAAAACCAGCUGGUGGAGAAGCUCCGGCGACUGAAGAAGAAGUACAGGACUGUGAUGAGCAAGAUGGGAUCCGGCAAGGACUUUGUUUUCAAAAGUGCUCACGAUCAGGUAACUUUCGAAAUCUCCCACAAGAUCUGGAGUAGUAAUGGAGGCUCUUAUGUCCGCAGCAGCCCUGGAGGCUCUGUUGGUUUCUCCGCCCCACCGCUAGAAGAUGGUGGAUUGGAUGAUGAAGAUCACCUUAACCCUAACCCCCCUAAUUCUGAUUCUAUUGUCCUUUAUCAUAGCCCCAGCCCCAAGUUUAACCUUAACUCUAACCCUAAUGGAAUUGCCAUCAAAACUCCAAGAUCACACAAAAGGUCUCCACCAGUACCAGUACCAGUACCUACAGAAGCUGUUAAAGUUGAGCAACAUUCUUAUCAGCCACCGGGGGCCAGCAUUAAUGUGCCAAUGCCGACCACAAACUCGAACCCUGUGGCAGCUGCCCCUGUGGCCAGUGUUGCCGCCUCAGCUCCCACCACGGUGGCUGCUUCAGUGCCUAGCCUGAUUGAGGAAACAGUGAGGAAUUGUGUAUCGCCAAUUUUCAAGGAGCUGUUGAACAAUGUGGCAAAUUUGAACGGGUCUGCUAGAGGGUUUGGGUUUGGAUUCGGAGGAAUGGGGAUGAGUCCAAUCCCGUUGGGGUUCGGGGGAGGUGCAAUGAGCAUGGAAAUGAUGGGGGACGAGAAAUGGAGGAAGCAGCAGAUGUUAGAGCUGGAAGUGUAUUCGAAGAGGUUAGAACUGGUUCAAGAUCAGGUAAAAGCACAAUUGGAGGAGCUGAGAUCAAUGGGAAGUAACAAUUGAAAAGGUUGCCUUUUUAAAGUAUACAACUAUUGAAAUAAUUCUAGUUGAUAAUUUUACCCCAGGUUGUUGAUGACAAUGGUUGGUUUAGGUAUGUAGCUUUUGGUUGCUAAAUAAUGAGUUCUAAUUAGUUUUCAGCUGCUUGUUUGCAGACUUUGUUGCAAUAUAUAGAUGCUUAGUCUAUUUUUGUAUAAAGAAAUGAAACCAUAGAAAGACCAAAUGUUGAGUUAGUGUCA